GCCCUUGCGCAUGCGUCCUUCGCGACUGGAGUUAGUAAAGCGACCAGAGCGGGAAAAAAAAGUUGAAGGGAGGGGGGCAAAAUGGCGGCGGAGGCGGCCUUGACAGUCGAGGGAGGCCUAGCAUCGGGCGAGGCUUUUUUGGAGCGCUACCGAAGCCGGCUCCAGGCCCUGCGGCUGACUGCGGAGGCCGGCCCAUGCCCGGGAGGGGAGAGCGGGCGCCGGACGGAGCUGCACCUGCUCUUCGACCAGCUCUUGUCCGAGAGCAGCGGGCCUGGAGCCCCGACGCCGGCGGAGCUUAGGCCGCAAGGCGUUUGCGACUUGUUCGUCCAAGCUUGUCAGCUGGUUCAGCUGAAUCAGGAGCAUCUCCUCAACAAGGUCUGCCAGCUCAUCCAUCAGCUGCUGAACAGAUUCCAGGUUAUAGUGGAUGAAGAAAGUCUGAAGUAUCUCCUGCCCUACUUUAUCUCUGCCUUAGAGCAAUGCAGCACUUGGACACAUGUUGAAAUCUUGCAAGCUUUGGCAGCUUCUGUCUACAAGAAUGGACCCAAAUGUCAAAAGUACCUCCCAGCCUUGCUAGGAAAAGGUGGACUUCUGAUUCAGCUCAGUAGCGCAGCUCAAACUGACACUGAACUCAAAAGGGCCGCAGUGCACAGCAUGGCUAACCUCUGCCUCAGCAUACCUGGACAGCCAUACUUGGAGGAACCUUACAGGGAGCUCUGUUUUCAGACUUUUCUCAACGUGUUGCAGUCUUCCAAAGCAAUCGGGAUCGACGACAUCACUUUUUGUAUGUUGUUACAGAAUGCCUUGAAAGGAAUCCAGUCACUCUUAAACGGGGGAAAGAUGAAAUUAAAACAGCCGGAUCAGCUUGGUUCCCUUCUUGCUGUGUUAAAGAAGUGUAUGUUCUACGGACUUCCUGGACUGAACAUCGAAAUGCCGUCCAUCUUAUACCCUGCAGUUCUUUCUCAGUAUGACAGCAGGUCACCCGGGACACAGGAGAAAUUGGAACUGAACAGCACUAAAGUGAAUGGGCAGUCCAGGAGGAAAAAGCCCAAGGGAAAGCAAAAAGGAGAGCUGGUAGAAGAAGACGAGAGCGAAGGAGGCGGAACAAGGGACUCAAGUUGCCAUGGAGACAAGCAGUACAAUCCUAGUCCAGAUCUCUCCAACCCUCGCCCAACCUUUGCAAAGGCCCACCUGCCUUUCUGCACUCUGGGCUGGAAAAGAAUCAGCAGCAGUGACUCAGAGUAUUCCGAUACUGAAGGCGGCAUGCAAAGCAAAACAAGGUCCUUCCAAGCAAAGGUUCGCCAAGGGGCUCUGACCUGCUUCCUUUCUACUGUGAAGUCUAUAGAGAAGAAAGUCCUUUUUGGCUAUUGGUCGGCGUUUAUUCCUGACGUACCUGGAAUUGGAAGCCCCCAGUCGGUAUCCUUGAUUACUAUUGCCUUAAAAGACCCUUCUCCAAAGACCCGAGCUUGUGCUCUCCAGGUUCUCUCGGCCAUCUUGGAAGGCUCCAAACAGUUUCUUUGCAUUGCAGAGGAUGUGGGUGACCACAAGAGAGCCUUCACACCAUUCUCGUUUACUCUGGCCACCAGCAUCCGAGAGCUUCAUCGCUGCCUGCUGUUGGCUUUAGUCGCUGAGUCCUCUUCCCAGACCCUCACCCAGAUCAUUAAGUGCCUUGCCAAUCUGGUGCUGAAUGUGCCAUACAGCCGUUUAAAGCCUGGGCUGCUGACAAAAGUCUGGAACCAGAUCAAGCCGUACAUUCGACACAAAGAUGUCAAUGUUCGAGUGUCAAGUCUGACAUUGCUCGGUGCCAUAGUUUCUACUCAAGCCCCUUUGCCAGAAGUGCGCCUCCUUUUGCAGCAGACUGGUUCAUCUGGACUUGGUGAAGGUGCAUCCAGCACACCUGGGGGACCUGAGUGCCAUAGCGAUGGCCCAGGGCAGCCCCUUUUGAUGCCAGAGAAUGGCAAUGAAGAGCCCUGUUGGCUUCUCCACCUCUGCAUGUCUCUGGUCAUUCUGCCCAGGGAGGAAGGCUGCUUGGACAGUGACAGUGCCUGCCAGACAACCAUGGGCUUCUAUGAACCAUCGCCAGUUCGGCUGGAGUCCUUACAGGUCUUAGUGCUUCUGGUCAAGGGCUAUUUCUCUGUUGCCCAAAACUCUUUGCUCGAGCUUGGCAAAGUGGCUUAUCAAUGCAUGGAAGAGGCCGAUCCUGCUAUCCAGCUCCAUGGAGCAAAACUCCUCGAUGAACUGGGUGUAGGCAUAAUACAACAGUAUAAGCCAGACCUAGUGGAUGCUCCAGAUCAGCGGGUGCCUGUGGACCUGGUUGUAACAUUCUGGACCAGGAUGCUGAAUGGGCCAUUACCAGCAGCACUCCAAAACUCCCAGCAUCCAACACUUCAGACCAGCACCUGCAAUGCACUCUCCUCCAUCUUACCAGAAGCUUUCAGUGGCCUCUCGAAUGAUAAAAAGAUCCUCUGCAUCACCAUCCUCCUUGGACUCAACCACAGUGAGAACCCACUGGUGAAAGCUGCUGCUGCGCGAGCCCUUGGAGUUUAUGUGGUCUUCCCAUGUCUUCGGCAGGAUGUUAUGUUUGUUGCUGACACGGCCAAUGCCAUCCUGGACUCGCUGGGUGACAGUUCUCCAAACGUCCGAGCCAAAGCUGCAUGGUCCUUGGGCAACCUGACGGACACCCUGAUCAUCAAUAUGGAACUAAUGGGACCAAGCUUCCAGGAUGACUUUUCGGAUCUCCUGUUGCUCAAAAUGUUGUGGUCGGCUACCGUGGCCUCAAAAGACAAAGACAAGGUGAAGAGCAAUGCUGUCCGAGCUUUAGGCAACCUCCUCCAUUUUCUUCAGCCCUUCCACAUCGCUAACCCAAGGUUUAUCCAACCCAUUGAGGACGCUAUACAGGCCCUCAUUUCUACAGUCCAGAGUGAAGCCACCAUGAAAGUGCGCUGGAAUGCUUGUUACGCACUUGGGAACGUCUUUAAAAACCCUGCCUUGCCCCUUGGUGAAGCCCCUUGGAGCGCCCAAGCCUACCGUGCCCUCAUGUUGGCGAUCCAGGCUUGCAAGAAUUUCAAAGUCCGCAUCAAAUCUGCCUCUGCCCUCGCAAUCCCAUCCGAAAGGAAGCGUUACGGGACUCCGGAGCAGUUCUCCCAGAUUUGGAGUGCGUUGGUGGUUGCCUUACGACGGAGUGAGGAGUCAGAGGACUUCCUGGAGUUCAAAUACAGCGCCAGUUUGCGGACACAGCUCUGCCACACACUGUUCCACUUGUUGAGCUUGGCUGAGGAGGUGGACCUGCUGUCCCUCCGGAUGUCGGUGGCUGAGCAUGGAGAGACCAUAGGGUCCUACCUGUUGCAGUACAUAAAAUCGGGAGGCGAGGACAAGGAUCUGGGGCCUGGCCAGCCCUUUUUGGAAAGAGACAAGACCCUGCGGAAGGCCCUUGAGCACAUUCAAGCCCUGGAGGAAGAAGGGGACGAAGGUUGCCCCAUGAAAAGUGGAAUGGUGGCUUACCUGCAGGACAUUUUGAAAACCCACCACAGUUCCAUGGGACUUGCAGAAGCUUAGGGAAGGUCUAUGUUUGGGGCUUUAAGCCGUAUCUGAAACUUGUCCAGUUUCUGUUCUUUCUCUCUUUCCACAAUUGGCUCUUUGGGAGGCUUUGGGUACAUUUUAUUUUUAUCAGGAAGCCUUGAUUUUUGCAGAAUACCUUCUCUGCUAACCAAUAGUGUAUCAACUUCAUUUUACGUUUGUUCUGUGGAUAAGAGGAGGGUGAUUAAAAUGAUCAAGGGUUUGGAGAACAAGCCCUAUGAGGAGCGGCUUAAAAAGCUCUGAAGAAGAGAAGGCUGAGAGGAGACGUGAUAACCAUGUAUAAAUAUGUGAGAGGAAGUCAUAGGGAGGAGGGAGCGAACUUGUUUUCUGCUGCUCUGGAGACUAGGAUGCAGAGAGUUCCACUGCUGAAUGGCUCUCACAGUCAGGAAGUUCUUCCUAAUAUUCCUGUAGUUUGAAGCCAUUGCUCCCUUGUGUCCUAGUCUCCAGGGCAGCAGAAAGCAAGUCUGCUCCCUCCUCCCUAUGACUUCUCUUUAAAAAAAAUUUUUUAAAAAAAUACAUAUUGUACACACACACAACAUUUACAAUUCCCACCACCAACAUGAGGAUUGUUUUCUUUUACAUAUUCAUUUCUUUUUUAGACAAUCUUUAUAUCUUUAUACAUUUCCAUCCUAUAUACUAUAUAACAUUUGUAUCUUAUUUCUCACGGCUUGAUCUCCGGAUUAAUUCAUGAUAUAAUUCUUUAGCCUUGUCCAUCUUUCUUCCAUUUCUCUUAUUCUAUUUUCAUUGAUUUUUGAAUCAUUUUAUUUCACAUUCAUAAUUUUGAAUUCCAUUUGCUCCACCAUAUAUUGGUAUUAUCUCCCUAUGACUUCUCCACACACACACACACACACACACACAUAUCUCCACAUAGCCA